ACACCUACAGUUUUCAUUAAUCAUAUAAAAUGAGUGACAAGAGCAGUGAAACAAUCUUCGUAAUAUCCGAGCAAGAUGCCAUUGAAAUCUUUAAGAAAUGCAAACAAAUUAAUAAAGACGUCGUAUUUAAAAGUUACAGCCUACGUAGAGCUAGUGAAAAGAUGUUGGGAUUCCUGUCAGAUUAUUGGAAACUCGAGAUUCUAAUCAUUAAUAGUAACAACCAAAUUCAAUCCAUGAAUUUUUUUAUAAAAUCAAUGUGUAAAUCAAACGCAUCGAAAGCAAAAAUGGUUAAAGAUAUGAAACUGUUUGACAAAGAAAUAACAUUUUACGUUUUCAUAAAAGACAAGAUUAAUUUACUGGAUGUUGCUCCCUGGAGUGCUAACCUUGUGAUGGCACUCAAUGACGCAAUGGUUUUCGAAGAUUUAAAUUUCCUUCAAUAUAGAACACGAAAUAAACACGAAACGUUUGACGAACAACAUAUCCUACUGGCUUUACAAGCGUUAGCUCGAUUCCAUGCUGGGUCAUUAGUUUAUGAGGAGAAGAGACGUAAACAGUUAAAAAAAAACUACAUUAUAAAUGACGAACAUGAGGAAGAUCUCAACAGAGGAGGUUAUGUAAAAUCCGAUCCAUGGUUUAUGCAGUGCAUGAAUGGUGCAUUAGAAGCUAUCAAAUGCUACUCUAAAUAUAAUAAGGACGUAAAAACUCUUAAAGAGAUCGAAAAUAGAUGGACACAAGUUUGGGAUGAAGCUCUUGAUCUUAGCCACUUCUCAUUUGAGUAUCGUAAUGUAAUUUGCCACCGUGAUUUGUGGAAUAAUAAUAUUCUGUUUUCUUAUAAAGAAGUUAGUGAAAAGUUUGUACCUGAAAAUUGCGUGCUGGUAGAUUUUCAAGCUGUGACAUCUCAACCGCCUGCAGGCGAUGUCAUGUUUCUUCUAUACUGUAACUUAGAUCCUAAAUUUCGCAAAAGCAAUAUGACAAAAUUUUUGAAUUAUUAUUAUCAAGAGUUACAAGAUAUCCUUUGUCGUAACUUUGUAAAAAUUGGAGAUAUUAUGUCUUUUGAACAGUUUUUACGCUCCUGUGAAAAGUAUGAAUUGUGGGGACUAGUAGCAACUGCAUGUCUUGUACCACAGUUUUGGGUAAACGAUGAACUUAUGAUAAAACUUUUCAGUGAUACUGUUAGCUUUGGAGAGAUACUCACCAAAGAUAAAGGAUCUUUUAUCAAGAAAAUGAUGGAAACUAAUGAUGAUUAUAAAUAUAAAGUAAUGCAGGUGUUUGAAGAGAUUGUUGAUAUUUAUUGUCUCGAUAAAAUAGACGAGUAACAAAAUCUAAUAUUUUCUAUUAACCAGCAUUUUUUUUUCAAAUAAUGAUUAAUAAAAUAUAUUUAAAAGAAACUAAUUUCAUUAUUGUCUAAGAUUGUCUUUGCAUUACGAGGGAUUACUGGAUUAGUUUCACACAAAUCAUUAGCACGCGAUGAGUUUAAGUGUUAAUCGAUACAUAAGCCUAAAACCAAAGAAUAAAAUUAUAUAAAUUUAUUUUUAAGUCUUCCCAAGUCUUAAUUUCUGUUCAGUGCAAACUUGUUGACCAAGCUAGCCUUCAGCACCUAAAUGUAAAAGUUCAGUUCAUUCUUAAAUUCUUCAAAGUUCUUAAAGACUUCAUUUUCCGCUAGUCGCGUCAUCCAGGAGUCAAGACUUGUAUGAAUCUCGCCGGUCAUAAUUUGUCAAUGAAUUGUUUUUGACAGAUACGUAACGUGAAGGAGACAUCCCUGGCAUCCCCUGUAUAUAAAUAUUUAUUUAUUUAUUAAAUUCUUAACUUGUAUA